CUUUCCUGCACUAGAAGCCAUGGCUGCUGCGAAUCCAGCAAAAACGCUCCAGGAUGAAAUCACCUGUACCUUCUGUCUGGAGUAUUUUAAAGAUCCGGUGUCUCUAGACUGUGGGCACAAUUUCUGCCAAGCCUGCAUCACCCAGUGCUGGGAGGGAUUUGAUACAGAUGUCUCCUGCCCGGAAUGUGGAAAGCUCUUUCCCCAGAGGAACCUCAGGCUGAACAGGCAGCUCAGGAAUAUUGUGGAAGCAGCCAGAAUACUCAGGUUGCAGUCAGGGAGGGAACCAGAAACAAAGCGACUGUGUGAGAAACACAAGGAGCCUCUAAAACUAUUCUGCAAAGAGGACGAAAUCCCCAUCUGCCUGGUGUGUGACAGAUCCAAGGAGCACAGAGAUCACACCGUCAUUCCUGCAGAGGAAGCUGCCGAAGAAUUCAAGGAAAAGAUUCAGGCCCACUUGAAGACUCUGAGGGAAGAGAGAGAAAAGCUGCUGGGAUGUAAAGUGAGAGGAGAGAAGAGAAGACAGGAAUAUCUAAGAAAGACACAAACUGAGAGGCAGAAGAUUGUGUCUGAAUUUCAGCGACUGCGGCAGUUCCUGGAGGAACAAGAGAGGCUCCUGCUGGCCCAGCUGGAAAAGCUGGACAAGGAAAUUGAGGAAAUACAGAAUGAAAAUGCCACUAAACUCUCCAAGCAGAUUUCCCAUCUCAGUGAUCUGAUCAGUGAGAUGGAGGGGAAGUGUCAGAAGCCAGUGAGUGAAUUCCUGCAGGAUAUCAGAAGCACGCUGAGCAGGUGUGAGAAAGGGAAGUUCCAGCAGCCAGUGGAGAUUUCUCCUAAACAGGACAAGAGACUCAGUGAUUUCUCCCAGAAAACUGUUGCUCUACUGGAGACUCUGAGGAAGUUCAAAGAUACUCUGCCGUCUGCACUGAAGACAAAAAGAGGGGAAUCCCUAGGAACAUUCAGACAGGCAAAUGUGACUCUGGAUCCAGACACGGCUCAUCCAGAGCUCAUCCUGUCUGAGGACUGGAAAAGUGUGAGACGCGGAAACACACAGCAAGAUUUGCCCAAGAACCUUGAGAGAUUUGACAGUGAGCCCUGUGUGCUGGGCUGGGAGGGAUUCACCUCAGGGAGACAUUGCUGGGAGGUGGAGGUGGUGGCUGGGCAAUGCUGGGCUAUGGGGGUGGCCAGAGAAUCUGUGAGGAGGAAGGGACUGAUCAGCCGUAGCCCUGAGGGGGGGAUCUGGGCUGUGGAGCGGUGGUGGGGUCAGUUCCGGGCUCUCACCUCCCCUGCGACCCCCCUGCCCCUGAGCCGGGCUCCCAGCAGGAUCCGGGUUUGUCUGGACUGUGACCGGGGGCAGGUGACAUUUAUCGAUGCUGGUGACGAGGCCCCAAUCUUCACUUUCCCGCCGGGCUCCAUCCCUGGGGGGAGAAUCCAACCCUGGCUCUGGGUGCUGGGACCAGGAUCUGGGCUCAGAUUGUGUGCCUGAGACAGGGUGGGGGCAUUGAAAUAAACCUAGGUAUCCUGAAAUCAGCCCCUCAAACUUCAGAAACCAUAUUCUCUAUGAUCCUGGAGGGCCUGUGACUUCCAGCAGACUUUCUACUGUACAGUCUCUAUGGGGUGGUUUGGGGGUGGUCUCUGGGGACUGUCAAACCAUAGAGAGCAGGAAGUGAUUGAAAUGGAGAAGCUAAUCCCACUACUCCAGGGAUUGUGCAGCCUGUUUGCCACUGUCUUCUAUGGUCCAGGAGGACUCUGAGGAUCCUGGGUCAGACAGUGUCUCCGAGACAAUGGAGAGGGGGAGGGGAGAAAUAGCCAUGAAAAUAUGGGCUUUUCUAGCCACAGUCAUCGUAAUCUCUAUGAUGCUAGAGGACUCCCAUCUACCCAGCCUCUGGCCCAGUCUCAGUGUUACCAGGAAGCUGCUCCCCCAUCUCUCCCUUUAGCACCAGGGAUGAGAGGGGGAGGGUUGAAGAACCCCUGGAGCUGCAGGAGAAGCAGAGGGGCCCUGAGGGGCAGAUAUGAGGCUGCAGAGUCAGAACUGAAGGAGGGGCUGGGGACAGAAAUGAUGUGGGGUUUGGGGGUAGAAUUAACAGCUGGGCUGGGGACAGGCAGAGGUGGGGGCUGGGCAGGGGGUACAACUAACAGCUGGUCUGGGGACAGGCAGAUUUCGGGGUGGCAGGGACACAGAAUUAAUUAAUUCAAAUUUGAAGUCUUGGGUAGAAGCUGGAGGCUCAGCACCAGCCAGGAGCCUGGGAGAGGGAGACCCAGGCCCUGGAGAGUAUGACCUACAGGCCACUAGGGAAGGGAUGCUGUGGAGGGAAGGAGUUGUGGGUGAGGAGAUGUCACCUGGAUGAAGAGGUGGCUGUGGAGAGUGGAGAGUCAGGCAUAAGGCAGGUUUAACCAGAAGGGAGAGAAAUGAAAUGGGAAGAGGUGAACAUAAAGUAAAACAAUAGUAAAGAGAAGAUUGGGGAAAAUGGGGGCAAGGGGAGACUGAAAUGAGACAAGUGAAAGGAAAACAAUCUGAGAAGGGAAAACCUCAGUGAGCCACGGACAGAGGAGGUGAUAAAUUCAGCAGAGAGAAUUGGGCACCUGAGCUGAAAUGAUGAGUGACAGGAAUUAGAGAAGAGUUAGAGAGACUCAGAAAUAAACAGAUGGGAAACGAGUGUUAGAGAAAACGCUGUGUAAAACUGGAUGAAAUGAAAGAAAAGUGAAAAAGAAAGAGAACAUGAGAGGGAGAUGGAGAUCUAUAAAAUGUUUCUGAAAGUGAGACUGUAACAUUAAUUCCACCCCAUAGUUCAUGGACAAUAUUUCCACUUAGGUACCUUUCAGGGCAAAACACUCUGUGGAUGUUUUUACCAUGUGUUCUGAUUAUGAUAGUUCCCUCUCUGCUCCUUUUAAGCCUGACAUUUACUUAAGGUAAAUGAAACACAAAACAGGCUUCUUGUCUAUUUCCCUUUAAUUUCCCAGCUGUGACUUUUGAAGGUAAACAUGGGAUUUUUUUUCCCCUACAUUGUUUGUGUCAACCCAGCCCCAGUGAGGAUAUCUGUGUAUGUGACUCUGAUGAUAGUCUGGACCUUACUGUGAUAUGUUGCUCUCCAGCCUGCACUCUAGGCCAUGUGCUUUAUAUAAACAUGUACGUCAGAAAUCGUUCAGCUGUGCUCUGGACAGAGCUGAUUGGGUCACUUCUCAACUUCCAAACCUACCCGUUCAUGACACCAGCAAUCAAAAUGCAUGACAGAUGUUUGCAAUCUGGAAUACCUGGAUUUUAUGGCACAUUGCCUGACAAUCAACAGAUUAUAAUGGUUUUAAUUAUUGUGGUAAUUACUGU